GUACGUCAGCCUGUCAAUCACGCGCGCUUCCUUACAACUACACUUCACAGUGACCCACGCAGCUUUUAUCUCUUCUGAUGAGCGUCCUCAGGCCCUUCAAAGCGAACGAUCUGUUCAGAUUCAAUAACAUUAAUUUGGAUGUCUGGACGGAAACUUACGGUAUCACCUUCUACCUAACCUACCUUCAAAGGUGGUCAGACCUCUGUUUCACUCAAGAAAGUCCAAGAGGCCGAUUACAAGGCUAUAUUCUCGGGAAGGCCGAAGGUGCACAAACAGAAUGGCAUGGCCACAUCACAGCCGUAUCCGUCGCUCCAGAGUACCGCCGUCUCUCUCUAGCACGAAACAUGUGCCAGCGUCUCGAAUUCGCAUCAGACGAGACGUACAAAGGCUACUUCGUGGAUCUUUAUGUGCGCUGUAACAAUGCGCUGGCCAUCACGAUGUACGAGGGUAUGGGAUAUAGCGUAUAUCGACGAGUAAGAGAAUACUACGGUAAUCUGGGGAUAGGCAAGGACGGACGAGACGAGGAAGACGCGUUUGAUAUGCGAAAAUGUCUCUCACGCGACGCGGCUCAACGAUCUAUACGGCCCAAUGGUCGAGAUAUGAUAGUCAGCGCUCAUGAUGUCUCGUAAACAGGUAGACGUAUUUCGCGGAUGCUCGCUCACGAGCCGCUGCAUCCAUUGCUAUGCACCGAACAAAAUAUACUGAGCAGCCAGCUCCUCAUCAUAAAACUGUACCAAUGUGGCGCUUCAUCAGAUCUCUGGAGGUGGCCCAGGAACGAACUGGAUGAUGCCAGGUGGGACACCGGCCUCCUGGUAGAUCAGGCAGUUGGAAUAUAUGGCCACUGGGGAAGGCUUCCAGACAGCUAUAUUACCAACGAGCGCGGGAGCUAAGAAAUGGCUCGCUCAGAACGCAUAAAAUAAUGAUAAUUGCUCGUACACCUGGAAGCUUGCCACCAAUUGCACUGAAGUCGCACGAUGCUCUAUGCGGCUAUCCAAGCAUCGG